UGGACUACUGAUGACCUCCUCACCUUUGACCUCUGACAUCCACCUGUUUGCGCGCGAAAGUUUUGGCUAAAAAAAGCAACCAAAACCUACACUAAAAUGCCAACGAGAUCUAGAGAAUAUGUCAUCUACCGACUGGUUUUCGUUUCUCUGACGUUGUUUUUAUGUUGCCGAGAGUCUGUACAACAGGAAAUUGAGCUGGAAGAACACGAGAGAUAUCUGGACAUGUUCCCUCUGACUAAGUCCAACUUCACCAAAGAAGUGCUGGAUAGUGAGGAGGCAUGGAUUGUGAUCUUCCAUACAGGCUCCCUAACCUUGGAGUGGAAGAGGAUGGCAGUAGCCCUGAGGGGCGUGGUCUGGGUGGGGAUGAUUGACAGGAAAGAAGAGAAGGAUUUACUUCAGACAUUGGACUAUGACAUGGUGAAGACCCAUGCAGCUCGAGUGUACCAUUCUGGAGAGACAGGUUCAGACAAGCAGUGGACAUACGUGGACAGUCCCCUGGAUGCCAGGAUUCAGGCCUGUAGCAGUAUCCCAGACUCCCUGGCAAGUGUGGACGAUGCUGGCCUACAGGAUUUCAUCUACCAGUCCUACUCAUCCACUCCUACACGGUUUCCAGCUGUCCUGAUAUUAGAUGAGUCGCCUUCCUGCAUGUUCAAGGCCAUGGUGAAUCGCUACUACUCCUUCUUCAACUUCCGCACCAUGAUCAACCCAUCUGACAAGGACCUCGCCAUCUUUGGCCAAUCACUGAAAGAUUUCGACCUCCCCACUAUUGCUGUACUGGUUUCCAAGACCAAGGAAAAGAAGGAUUCUAUGACAUUUGAAGCGGUUCUUUACAAUGAAGAUCUGAUGGGGGAUGUGAACUACGUCAACCUGGUGAAGUUUCUGUUCGCGGUGAACAAGCAGUAUAGACACACACUACCGGGAGAGAACAUGGCGGGCAGGCGAGGGUUUGUGGAAAUGAGAGAUCUGUUGGAAGUAGAGAAGAAAAGAUUCCAAGUCAACUUUCUACCCCCGGUACAGAAAGCCAAGAAAGAGGGAGGGCUGAAAUUCACCACAAAGGUUGUCAAAGAUGAAUUCUAGAUCAAAUGUUUUAUCAUCGAAACAUAAAAAAACGUUUUUCUUUAGUUUUGUUUUGUAUAGAACAUAAUUGUCCUGCCUAGUAUUAGAUCAAUGCUUACAUGUGUAGAGGUGAUUUUUUUGUAUAUUUGGGUCAAAUCUUAUUUGUAACAAAAGUUAACUCUGUCAUCUAAUUCUUAUCUGUGAAUGAAGGAAAUACCUUUUAAGGUUUUUGGUAGGAUCAUCAAUUCU